AUGGCGGCGGCCCGGGGACCCUCGGGGUGGUGGCAGCCCGGGCGGCGGCCUGGGGCGACCGGGCAGGGGUGCGCGAUGCUGCUCCUGCUGCUGCUCCUGGGUUCUUGCCCCGGGCCGCGGCAUGUCGGGGCCGGCCAGACGUUCGAGUACCUGAAGCGGGAGCACUCGCUGUCGAAGCCCUAUCAGGGUGUGGGCACAGGAGGUUCAUCACUAUGGAAUCUGAUGGGCAAUGCCAUGGUGAUGACCCAGUAUGUCCGUCUUACGCCUGAUAUGCAGAGUAAACAGGGUGCCCUGUGGAACCGGGUGCCAUGUUUCCUGAGAGACUGGGAGUUGCAAGUGCACUUCAAAAUCCAUGGACAAGGCAAGAAGAAUCUGCAUGGGGAUGGCUUGGCAAUCUGGUACACGAAGGACCGGAUGCAGUCAGGGCCUGUGUUUGGAAACAUGGACAAAUUUGUGGGGCUGGGAGUAUUUGUAGACACCUAUCCCAAUGAGGAAAAGCAGCAAGAGGCCCAGAAGAGGCGGUAUUCUCCAGGAGUGCAGAGGGUGUUCCCCUACAUCUCAGCCAUGGUGAACAAUGGUUCCCUCAGCUAUGACCAUGAGCGGGAUGGGCGGACUACAGAGUUGGGGGGCUGUACAGCCAUUGUUAGGAACCUCCACUAUGACACCUUCCUUGUGAUCCGCUAUGUCAAGAGACAUUUGACGAUAAUGAUGGACAUUGAUGGCAAGCAUGAGUGGAGGGACUGCAUUGAGAUGCCAGGGGUUCGUCUGCCCCGGGGCUACUACUUUGGUGCCUCCUCCAUCACUGGGGACCUCUCGGAUAAUCAUGACAUUAUUUCCCUAAAGUUGUUUGAGCUGACAGUAGAGAGAACUUCAGAAGAAGAGAAGCUGCAUCGGGAUGUAUUUUUGCCUUCAGUAGACAAUUUGAAACUACCUCAUGAUUUGACAGCCCCUCUGCCACCCCUAGGUGGACUGGCUCUCUUCCUCAUCGUCUUUUUCUCACUGGUGUUCUCCGUAUUUGCCAUUGUCAUUGGCAUCAUACUCUACAACAAGUGGCAGGACCAGAGCCGCAAACGUUUCUACUGAACCCUCCUGCUUUGGUGGCUUCUGUAGUGGCCUCCAGUCUUCAGCAGCUGUUCAGGGACUGCUCUGUCCAUGGAUCCAAGAAGGCAAAGACACUGCAUCCUCAGAGGUUGGGGAACAUCUGACUCUGGUUCCAGAAGCCCAACCACCCCAGGGCAUGGCUGCUGUGCUUUCUCCCUGAAAUCCUUCCACUUGGGAAAGAAGAGGAAUGGGGAGAGGAGAGGUUGACAAAAUGCCAGCAUUACAGGAAAGAACCUCAGAGCAGGCCAGAGAGAUAGUACAGUGGGUAAGGUGCUUACCUUGAACGUGGCCAACCUGGGUUCAAUCCCCAACAUCCCAUAUGGUCUCCUGAGCCUGCCAUAUGGUGAUACCUGAGUUCAGAGCCAGGAGUACCCCUGGAACCACUACCAGGUGUAGCCCCAAAACCCAAAGAAAAGAAGAAGAAGAACCUCAACAAGCUCACGAUGCCUUGUUGAUAGGCUCCAAGGGCCUUUGUGCUUAGUUUUAAACCUGCGAGGAGUAGAAAACCUCAUCCCUGAUAGUCAUCUCUUUGCUUUUCUUCAAAACCUCUUUUUAUCUAAGGGGUUUUCUGUAGAGCCAUGGCUUUACAGGAACUUCCCUGCCUCCCCUUCUUCUCCCCUCUUCGUUGUCCUCCAAUGCAAGGCGAGUGGAAAAGACUCUCUGGUGGGACUUUGAGUCUUAGUACAAACCCACCCACACCUUACCUGCCUUACCUGUGCUCAUUCGGCAGCCCUCAGCACAACGGCUCCCUGCUCUAGUGUGUUUUGUGGUGCGAUUCUGGGCUCUCUGGUGUACUCUCUGCUGUGAAAAUGACUGACUUCAUGUAAGCCACCUAAAGGAAGAGUCACCAAGUGUCCGACCAUGUGGAGAUGAUUAGGAGUUUGCUGGUGCCUGUUUUGCUGCAUGGUUUGUAUUUUUCAUGAUUUUAGAAAUCUCAUUCUGAGGGAUACAAAUGUGAGGAAGCUGCUUUCAUAGAGACUCACUUGGAUAUGCCUCUGGCCUCUCUUUUUCCUAGUGAAUAAGACACAGUCACUGUCUUGGCACUACACAUCUGAAAUAUGCUCACUUGACACCUGGAGGGUGAGAGCUGCAGAGCCUGAAUAUGAUCCUUCAGGGUUCUACCAUCUUAUCUACUGGGCAUCACUGCUCAGUUGUCUACUUAUGGUCACAGUUGCCGACUAUCUCCAUCAAGGGCCUGAGAUUCUGAACUUGCCCACUUAGUACUUUUGUAGUCAAAAGGAAAUUCUUUAAAUGGUGAAUGAAAAAAAACAAA